AUGGCUGAGACAGAAACCGAUAAUAACAGUAUUAUAAGACCUGAAAGAAAUAAUAAAAAUAUAGUGUCUAAUAAUGGGCCCCGUCGCGUUACCAUAUAUAAAACCGAGACUGGUUUCGGUUUUAACGUCCGCGGCCAAGUUUCUGAGGGCGGACAGCUGAGAUCGAUUAAUGGGGAACUUUAUGCCCCUCUGCAACAUGUUAGUGCUGUAUUAGAACAGGGAGCGGCUGAACAGGCCGGUAUUAGAAAAGGAGAUAGAAUACUCGAGGUUAACGGUGUGAACGUAGAAGGCUCCACUCACAAGCAAGUCGUUGAUUUAAUCAAAUCUGGAGGCGACUGUCUUACACUCACCGUCAUCUCCGUUACACCCAAGGAGGCCGAGCGUUUGGAGCCUUCAGAUGAUUCAGCGCCAGUGGGUGUGAUAGGGGGCGCCGCUAACUCCAGGGCUACAGUCUACCAGAGAUAUGACUACACAGACAAGAGGUCGCUACCCGUCUCUAUACCUGACUACAGAGUGGUUAUGGAGAGGAACACGGGCAGGUCUUAUGUAGCAUUCAAUGUACACAUGGCCGGCAGACAUCUGUGUAGCAGACGGUAUAGAGAGUUUGCAGCGCUUCAUCAACAACUCAGGAAGGAGUUUCUUGGUUUCAACUUUCCCAAGCUCCCCGGCAAGUGGCCCUUCACACUCAGCGAGCAACAACUGGAUGGCAGGAGACGAGGGUUGGAACAGUACUUAGAGAAGGUGUGUGCAAUCCGUGUUAUAGCUGAGAGCGACGCUGUCCAAGAGUUCCUCACAGACUGUGACGACUCCUGCAACCCGUCACCCGUAGAACUAAAGGUUUUGUUACCAGACAGAGAGGUUGUCACUGUGGCUGUGUUGAAAUCAACCAACGCUGACGACGUGUACCGAGCAGUCUGUGAUAAGAUAGGACUGGCUAAAAACAUACAGAAAUACUUCUAUCUGUUUGAAAUUGUUGAAUAUAACUUCGAACGUAAACUCCAGCCAAACGAGUGUCCCCACUCGCUGUACAUACAGAACUACUCGACGGCCUCCUCGUCCUGUUUGUGUGUCCGCAAGUGGCUCUUCAGACCCGACACCGAGCUCGAGCUACUAGCAGACGACACCGCAGCCGCCUUUAUAUUCUGGCAGGCAGUAGAAGAUGUCAAUCGCGGCGUGUGUUCAGCCGGCGCCCGUCUCUAUCAGUUAAAGGCUCUACAAGAUGUGAGGCGCGCCCGGGAUUACCUAGCAUUGGCACGAACGCUCCCCGGAUAUGGAGAUAUAGCCUUCCCGCCCGCCCGGACUGACUGCCGCGCCGCGCCCGCCCUAGCGGUCACAAUCGGUUGGGAGGGUAUAAAGCUGUGUACAUGGAGCGAGUCGUCCGCGUGCGAGGGAGGCGCGGUGUGUGUGCCCUGGACGGACGUGAGGGAGUGGCGCGCCGAUGACGACGGGGCCGCCGCCAGGAUCGUGUACAGGAGGAGGGACCGACCGCCCAGGACUGUGGCGCUGCACUCACCAUAUUACCAGUUCCUCAUAAACUGUAUCGACCGGAUAUCCGAGGAGGCGAGCUGGGUGGAUACCGGUGAAUAA